AUGGAAACUAAUACAAAUGCUUUUCAAGCUUAUGGUUCAAGUAUGGCAACCAGUAACUUUGAUUUUAAAAUAUUUAUUAAAAAAACAACUGUUACUUUAAGAAUAUUGGCUAUUAUAUUAUCAAUAUUUAUAUGGUAUCUUAUUUCAAGUGGUGCAUGGUAUCGUUUAGGAACAGGACAUUUAAUAUGUCUUUAUGAACGUUCCUCAACAACCUGUUCAUUUGGAUCAUUUAUGGGAUCAUGUGCUCUUAUAAUUGCUAUUAUAUUUUUAAUUAUUGAAGCAAAAUAUGAACAAUUUAGUUGUGUUGGAACAAGAAAAAGAAUUGUAUUGGCAGAUUUAAUUACAUCAUUAGCAGCAUCAUUUUUAUUCAUAAUUACAACUUUUACACUUUGGACAAAAUAUUCAUCUUUAGAAUUAGAGGAAAAUUAUAAUGGUCGUUCUGCUAAAUUUGCUGUUCUUUUUUCAUUUUUAUCUGCCAUAGUUUGGGGAGUUAUUGCAUUAUAUGCUUAUCGUCAAUGGCAGGCUAGUGUACAAGAACAAUUUGAUGGUACUCAAUUUCAUGGUGCUCCACAAAGUGACAUCAUAACGACAAGUGAUUAUGGUUAUGGUGGUGAUAGUACUGGAAUUGGUGUAGAAUCAAAUAAAACAAAUAUUAAUAAUAUGUCUUAUCAACAAUCACAACCUGGACAAUUAAAUAAUAUUCCAAAUACACAACAACAAAUUGGAAUGAAUAUGCCUUUCCAACAGCAACAAUCUCAAGGUUAUGGUUUACCAAAUACUCAACCAUCACAACAUGGAUAUGGGCAGAUUCCAUCAAAUCAACAAUAUCAGCCGCAAAUGGUCCCAACACAACCAACGACAUAUGAUAUACCACAACAACAGCAAAUUCAAGGAGGAAUGGGAGGAUAUACCUCAAAUCCUUUCCAAAAUUUACACUAA